AUGUUGGGUUCAUCAGAAUGGAGUAGUGGAUGCGAGUCAGGAUGGACUUUGUAUUUAGACCAUUCUGUUUCUUCUUUUCCAAGUUCUUCUUGUUUCCGAGACAUCAAUGGGUUUGAAAACAGAAGAAGAAGAAGCAAAGGUUCAUGGAGUCAAAACUAUGUGCAUCAAGAAGAAGAUGAAGAAGAAGAUUUGUCGAUGAUGUCAGAUGCAUCUUCUGGCCCGAGGAAUGUUUGUGAGGAAGAUUCUGUGAAAAAGUUAAACAGUGUUGGUCCCAAGAAACAGAAAAAGAGUGAAAAGAAAAGAAGUGAUUAUGAGAAAAUGAACUCGGUUCUUGAUGAUACUGCUAGUUCUCAUAUGUUGCAGAAAAGUGUGAGUGGUAAUAAGAUAGAGCAAACCUUUCCAGAGAGUACAUUGGAUUAUUCGCAAGGCUUCUCGGCAACUCACCUUCAGGACAAAGCAGCAUUCCAAGAACAAUAUGGUUAUUUGCAAAUGGAAACAAGAUACUAGAUAACCAGUGGGUUUUAGUGUGAAGAACGAAAUGAAGAGCAACCAUUUUG